ACGAGGGAAGUCCUGGGUAGCAGUGAGAGAGGCACAGGCUCUUUAGGAGCCAGGGGAGGCAGGCUGAGGAGAGACCCAGGUGUCCCUGUCUGAGCCUAUGCUACUGGACACCCUCCCCCCAGCACCCGCCCCCCUCCAAGGAUCCUCCCUUCGGCUCCCUGUGGCCUCAGCUCUGCAGCACUCGGCUCAGCUCCACUGGGCUCAGCUCCACUUCAGGAAGGCCACCUCCUCCUCCUGCUGUCACCACUCACCGCUCAUAACCUCGAGGGGGUGGGGACCCCAGGGCUGGACACACCCCACUGUGGCCCUAGAGCUCAGCCUGUCGGACGGACGGACAGUUGGACGCAGGACCCCAGAGCCCGAGGUGGGCAGUGUGCCAGGGUCCCUCGCGGACUCCUCAAGGGUAUGCGCAUCAAGACAGCAUUGCCGGCGGCUGAGCUGGGCCUGUACUCUCUGGUGCUGAGUGGGGCCCUGGCCUAUGCUGGCCGUGGCCUCCUUGAGGCCUCACAAGAUGGGGCCCACAGGAAGGCAUUUCGGGAGUCUAUACGACCUGGCUGGGAAUACAUUGGCCGGAAGAUGGAUGUGGCCGACUUCGAGUGGGUGAUGUGGUUCACAUCCUUCCGAAACAUCAUCGUCUUCGCCCUCUCCGGACACGUGCUGUUUGCUAAACUCUGCACCAUGGUUGCCCCCCAGCUCCGCUCCUGGAUGUACGCCGUGUACGGGGCCCUGGCCGUGAUGGGCACAAUGGGGCCUUGGUACCUGCUGCUGCUGCUUGGUCACUGCUUGGGCCUGUAUGUGGCCUCGCUCUCGGGCCAGCCCUGGCUCUGUCUUGGCCUUGGCCUGGCCAGCCUGGCCUCCUUCAAGAUGGACCCUCUCAUCUCCUGGCAGAGCGGGUUUGUAACAGGCACUUUUGAUCUUCAAGAGGUGCUGUUCCAUGGGGGCAGCGGCUUCACAGUGCUGCGCUGCACCAGCUUUGCGCUGGAGAGCUGUGCCCACCCUGACCGCCGCUACUCCCUCGCUGACCUGCUCAAGUACAACUUCUAUCUGCCUUUCUUCUUCUUCGGCCCUAUCAUGACCUUCGAUCGCUUCCACGCCCAGGUAAGCCAGGCGGAGCCGGUGAGACGCGAGGGUGAGCUGUGGCACAUCCGAGCACAGGCGGGCCUCAGCGUGGCAGCCGUCAUGGCUGUGGACAUCUUUUUUCACUUCUUCUACAUCCUCACCAUCCCCAGUGACCUCAAGUUUGCCAACCGCCUCCCAGACAGUGCCCUUGCUGGCCUCGCCUACUCGAACCUGGUGUAUGACUGGGUGAAGGCGGCCAUCCUCUUUGGCGUUGUCAACACUGUGGCAUGCCUCGACCACCUGGACCCACCCCAGCCUCCCAAGUGCAUCACCGCCCUCUAUGUCUUCGCAGAAACGCACUUUGACCGUGGCAUCAACGACUGGCUUUGCAAAUACGUGUAUGACCACGUCGGUGGGGAGCAUUCCGCCGUGAUCCCGGAGCUGGCAGCCACAGUGGCCACGUUUGCCAUCACCACUCUGUGGCUUGGGCCUUGUGACAUUGUCUACCUGUGGUCAUUCCUUAACUGCUUUGGUCUCAACUUCGAGCUCUGGGUGCAAAAACUGGCGGAGUGGGGGCCCCUAGCGCGAAUCGAGGCCUCUCUGUCAGUGCAGAUGUCCCGCAGGGUCCGGGCCCUCUUUGGAGCCUUGAACUUCUGGGCCAUUAUCAUGUACAACCUUGUGAGCCUGAACAGCCUCGAGUUCACAGAGCUGGUUGCCCGGCGCCUGCUACUCACAGGGUUCCCCCAGACCACGCUGGCCGUCCUGUUUGUCACCUACUGUGGUGUUCAGCUGGUGAAGGAGCGUGAGCGAACCCUGGCACUGGAGGAGGAGCAGAGGCAGGACAAGGAGAAGCUGGAGUAGGAGGGAGGGCAGAGGGAUGGGCUCUGCUCAGAUCUUCCGGGCCGGAUGAGGCCGGAUCACAGAAUAAAUGACUUUUCUACCACA